AUGCUCAAGCCCAAGGACCUGUGUCCCCGCGCGGGCACGCGCACCUUCCUGGACGCCAUGCAGGCCGGCAAGGUGCACCUGGCCCGCUUCGUGCUGGACGCGCUGGACCGCAGCAUCAUCGACUGCCGCGCGGAGCAGGGCCGCACGCCGCUGAUGGUGGCCGUGGGGCUGCCGGACCCCGCGCUGCGCGCGCGCUUCGUGCGGCUGCUGCUGGAGCAGGGCGCGGCCGUGAACCUGCGCGACGAGCGCGGCCGCACGGCGCUCAGCCUGGCGUGCGAGCGCGGCCACCUGGACGCCGUGCAGCUGCUCGUGCAGUUCAGCGGCGACCCCGAGGCGGCCGACGCGGCGGGCAACAGCCCCGUGAUGUGGGCGGCCGCCUGCGGCCACGGCGCCGUGCUCGAGUUCCUCGUGCGCUCCUUCCGCCGCCUCGGCCUGCGCCUGGACCGCACCAACCGCGCCGGCCUCACCGCGCUGCAGCUCGCCGCCUCCCGCGGCCACGGCGCCUGCGUGCAGGCGCUCACCGGGCCCUGGGGCCGCGCGGCGGCCGCGGCCGCGGCCCGCGGCGCCCGCUCCGACAGCCCGCCGCCGCCCGAGCGCCCGGCCCCGCCGCCCGCGCCCAGCCCCGAGCGCCGACGGCCCAGCCCCCGCCGCCUGCCGCGCCCGCUGCUGGCGCGCUUCGCGCGGGCGCCCGCCGGCCCCGGCCCCGGCCCCGGCCCCGGCCCCGGGGGCGACGCCAAGGGCGCGGGCCGCCCCCGGGCCCCGGGCGGCGAGCGGCCCGAGCUGGGCCGGAGCCUGAGCCUGGCGCUCGGGGCCGUGACGGAGGAGGAGACGGCGCGCCUGCGGGCCGGGGCUCGGCGGGCCCGGCCGGACUCACCCCGGGCGGGGACGGGGCGGUGGCGCUCGCAGGAGGGGCUGCGGGGGGCGCCGCUCGCCCUGGCGCCCGCCGGCCUCAGCCCCCACCCCGAGGGCCCCCCGGGCUCCGGCCGCCUGGGCCUGCGCCGCCGGUCCACGGCCCCCGACAUCCCCAGCCUGGUCGGGGACGCCCCCGACGCCGGCCCGGAGCCGGAGCCGGCGCCCCACGCGGUGCCCCAGCCCCGGCCGGCGGGCGCCGAGGCGGUGGGGCUCACGCCGGCCCCGCGGUAA